ACUGAAAAAACUAUGGAUGAAAAUACAAAAAACGCAAAAUUCUAGUCCCAAGUCUGGAGAUGCUGAUUACGUGUACCAGCUGCAACGACUGCAUGAGGGAUACUUUGCGUACAUGCAGUCAAACGUGGCUUCUGAUGUUAUCAUGAAUGGUACAUGUAGUCUUGCUAAGAUGAAAGAAGCCUUUCUACCAACCGUAUCCAGUAUGACGUUUCCUUUGCAUUCUCCUCUAGCGAGACUCUUCUACUCAGAGAUUUUAACUGCGAUGGACAGGGGACUGAGUCCUAAAUGGUAUGGGACAUGGGUUCCAAGCCAGGAGUCCUGCUACGAGGAGUCUUUGAAUGUUGGCGUGUCUGCACUAUAUAUACAGGACUACUAUAGCGCCUUUGCAUCUUGUGCCGUCGGCCUCGGUCUUGCUCUCAUUGUGUUACUGGGAGAGACUCUUAUAUCACAUAUUAUGCGAAAAGUUCGAACGACUUAGCUCAGGUUUCAUCAUAUACUAUUGUUGGACACAUCAUAACGUGUCCGUGCUUGUACAUGUGCACAUGGGUAAAUCUAUAUUGAUAACGAGGCUUAUGAGAACAUGCAUUGCUCACUAGCGCACUAAGACUAUUUAUGGUGUCCUUAGGGCGACAGAGAAGCAAAGUAUUUUGAGAAGAGAUUUGAAAAUAUCUUUGAGUUAAGAUUAAGAGAACAUAUGCAUUAAGUGCUAAUCAGUGACACUGAAAAAGUGCGUGGCGAAAAUAUACUGAACAACAAAAAUUCCUGUGUCAUUGAAUAAGAUUUAACGCAAAGUUAUGUUUUUAACCAAAUCUGAAACAAUUUCGGGUUCCUCGACGUCG